AUGAACAUCUUUUCGUUCCUUUUCGUGCUUAGCUUGGCACGGAAUGCUUUCGCCGCCGAUGAUACCAACACAAAGUUCACAUACCCCGUGAAACCGGCCGGUCUUGAAGGCCCCACGUUCGAAUCAGGCCAGAAUGUCGUCUUCAACUGGACGACAGAUGCUGACAAGCUUAACUUGCUUCUCUGGACAAACAAGAACACCCGAUCAAUCACGUUAGGAAAGAGCAUCUCGUCCAAGUCCUUCACUUGGACAGUAGACUUUUAUGCCUUUUCGAAGACCGACCCGCCCAGCGACACGUACUAUUUCCUUGGGCUUUUUGUUGAUGGCUCGACGAGCACUUCGGCUCAAUCUUCAAGAUUCUUCAUCACACUACCUGAUGGGAGUGAAUCCGGGUCCACUUCAACUUCCACACUCCUCACUCCUUCGCCAACUAGUGAUUCGGCAACCACAACUUCAUCGGAGAGCUCUUCAGCAACGGCGGCAAGUGUUACUUCGACACCCGGGUCCGGUACUGAAGGUCUCGGCGCAGGUGCCAUAGCUGGUAUCGUUAUUGGGGCCAUUCUGGGAGUAGGCUUAUCCGUUUGUGCAGGAAUUCUACUGGCGAGGAGGAGAUAUCGGGGGAAUAGGGAUCUUGGUGAUCAAGGGAAUAGUCAGGGAGAAAUCCAAGUUUCACCAAAGAUCGCUGCGGACGCCAAAUACCAUUCUCCUCCUGUGCAAGAGGCACCCGGAGACGGGAACGUUUCUCGGUCACCGCCACCAGUUGAGCUUGGAUAG